AUGCGUUUAAUUCAUUUCAUAUUACUCCUUUACUGUUUCGGAAAUAUACGAACGAAGAAUGAGAGCGGCCGGAGUCUCACUUUUGUUAUAGAUCGCUCGUAUUCGCUGCAACUUCUAAUAAAACAGUUCAAGGAAGCGUCAUUGAAUCUCACCAGUAAAUUGAUGGGACGUAAAUCAAGUGAUAUCGUUAACGUAACACUUAUUGUGUUCGAUGAUCCAACAUACAAGCUUGUAGUGGACACCACGGACAUUAGCGAGUUCGAGAAGAACUUAAAAUCACUGGAAACUUACUACGACAUUAAAAACAAAGAUUGCCCUGAGAUGAGUCUGUCUGCUCUCAAAAUGGCUUUGACUAGAAGCUUGCCGAGAUCAUAUAUACUUCUAUUCACCGACGCUACAGCAAAAGACGUAUGGCUUUUGGACGAAGUUAAAAUACUAUCUAAGGAAAAGCAGAGCAAGGUAUUUUUCAUUUUGACCGGAACAUGCGAAGACGCUACGAAGGCCGAACGUAAAAUUUAUUCCGACAUCGCCACAGAAACGUCCGGUGCCGUUCUCCAUAUUCACAACAACAAUACCCUGGAGAUUAUCAAUAGUUUUGAUUUCUUAAAAAAUGAAAUUAAUUCUAUAAUAACGGAGACAACGCAUGAUCCUGAUAAAACUUACGAGGUGCAAGCUGAUGAAGGCGUGGGGGACAUUACAGUGUUGGCAUCAGGGGAAGCAUUGGAAUUCAAAGUCAACUGUGCAAAUCCUUUGUGCAAAGUCAAUUAUGACCGUUUUUCAAAUACGACCAAUAUUGCUAAGGUGAACAACCCCAAAGGAAAAGUAAAUGUUUCCCUUAAGGGAAAAGGCGAUGUCUUCAUAAGUGCUUACUACUACGCUACUUUCAACUUCACAUAUGGAUUUUCAACGGAUACACCAGCCAGAAUUGAAGAUACGCGGACAAAACGAGAAAUAUUUAAAUUGAAUUAUUUAGCUAUAAACGUGACUGGCAACGAACACAAUUGCAGAAUCAAUGAAGCCCUAGUUACGGAUUUAAAUGAUACACAGUUGAUAUAUUUAACUCUCAAACUUAAGAUGGUAUCAGAUUACUUCUACGUAACUGAGAAGGCCGGGUUUCCUCGAAAUUCGUUCAAACUUGUGAUUACUGGAGUUGACAUCAAAACAGGACAAUCGGUACGAAGUGUGGCUAUUAUAGAAGGGGCUCCGCAUAAAAGUCGAGCCGUUGUUAAUGAGAACGAAUCUGUGUUUAUUCCUCGCUCACUUGCAACGCGAAAUGCAAACUAUGGAAUCGAAUGGAAUUACAUGAGCAAAUUGCCAGAGAGGAAACGUUAUUACAAAAUACCGUUCGCGCACAAAGAGACGGAAACAGGAUUGAUCCUACCGAAUGUUUCGCUCGGGCACAAUGGAGAAUACGAAUGCAUUGAGCGUUCGCACUCGAAGGGGAAUUCCGAGAAUUUCUACGUCACCAAACAAAAAACGAUCCUUGAAGUCACUAAGGCUCCUACAGCGAUAGGAGAACGAUAUAGUAAUUUGAAGGUCCAGUACGGUAAUAGAAUUGAAAUGAUGUGUGCUAUUAAAGGACAUCCUCAACCAAGAAUGAGAUGGUACAACUCCAAUAAUGUCUUAUUAUCGCCCACCAGUCAGAAAUACCCAGAUUUUGUGUACAGAAGUAUAUUGACUGUGGAAUCUGUGAAAAAAUCCGAGAAAUACUUAUGCAGAGCGAGUAAUAAGGUUGGACAGAUAAGCGUAGAGGUGAACGUGACUGUGUUAGGAGACAGACCAAAGUUCAGACAAUCUGUGAUCAUAACUGCUGUGAUGGAAGGCACAGAUGCUGUAAUCCGAUGCAAGAUAGCUGAAGGCAAACCUAAACCAACCAUAAAAUGGAUAGUUAAUUCGAAGAGCCCAAACACAAACAAAGAGCUCUCAUCGCAUAUUGGGGAAGAAUUAAUUCUCAGAAACAUAACAUUAUCUCAAGCGGGUCACUACAUUUGCGUUGCCGAGAAUACAUUCGGUCGGGCUCAACAAGAUACGGAUCUUAUCGUGCAAGCUCCUCCGAAGAUCCUCCGCAGAGAAGACGUACCUAAAGGUAUCGUGGGAGACGUCGCUCUGAGUGUUCCUUGCACUGUCUCUGGAUAUCCGGUGCCGACGGUGGUCUGGAAAGCCAAUGAUACAGUCACACUCCACUCAGGCAGCAAGUAUAACAUCACCAAAGGAAACACAUUGAUCAUUAACAAUCUUGAACACGCCGAUGCCUAUACAAAGUACACUUGCGUUGCGAAAAAUACUUUUGGCAAAGUUAAUCAAACCUUUGAUGAUAUUAUAUACGAGAGACCAAAGUUCAGAAAACCUGUGAUCACAACAUCUGUGAUGGAAGGCAGAGAUGCUGUGAUCCCGUGCAAGAUAGCUGAAGGCAAACCUAAACCAACCAUAAAAUGGAUAGUUAAUUCGAAGAGCCCAAACACAAACAAAGAGCUCUCAUCGCAUAUUGGAGAAGAAUUAAUUCUCAGAAACAUUACAUUAUCUCAAGCGGGUCACUACAUUUGCGUCGCCGAGAAUACAUUCGGUCGGGCUCAACAAGAUACAGAUCUUAUCGUGCAAGCUCCUCCGAAGAUCCUCCGCAGAGAAGACGUACCUAAAGGUAUCGUAGGAGACGUCGCUCUAAGUGUUCCUUGCACUGUUUACGGAUAUCCGGUGCCGACGGUGGUCUGGAAAGCCAAUGACACAGUCACACUCCACUCAGGCAGCAAGUAUAACAUCACCAAAGGAAACACAUUGAUCAUUAACAAUCUUGAACACGCCGAUGCCUAUACAAAGUACACUUGCGUUGCGAAAAAUACUUUUGGCGAAGUUAAUCAAACCUUUGAUGAUAUUAUAUACGAGAGACCAAAGUUCAGAAAACCUGUGAUCACAACAUCUGUGAUGGAAGGCAGAGAUGCUGUGAUCCCGUGCAAGAUAGCUGAAGGCAAACCUAAACCAACCAUAAAAUGGAUAGUCAAUUCGAAGAGCCCAAACACAAACAAAGAGCUCUCAUCGCAUAUUGGAGAAGAAUUAAUUCUCAGAAACAUUACAUUAUCUCAAGCGGGUCACUACAUUUGCGUUGCCGAGAAUACAUUCGGUCGGGCUCAACAAGAUACGGAUCUUAUCGUGCAAGCUCCUCCGAAGAUCCUCCGCAGAGAAGACGUACCUAAAGGUAUCGUGGGAGACGUCGCUCUGAGUGUUCCUUGCACUGUCUCCGGAUAUCCGGUGCCGACGGUGGUCUGGAAAGCCAAUGACACAGUCACACUUCACUCAGGCAGCAAGUAUAACAUCACGGAAGGAAACACAUUGAUCAUUAACAAUCUUGAACACGCCGAUGCAUAUACAAAUUACACUUGUGUUGCGAAAAACACGUUUGGUGAAGUUAAUCAAACCUUUAGCCAUAUUAUUUCUGAAGGACUCGUUCACUUUGGAGAAUUUCGCGAGAUUCAUUCACUAGAGAACGAAACAGUGAAAAUUAGUUGUCCUACACCAAACGCAGGGGGCUAUACCAUUCGUUGGUUUGAGGAUAAAAAGCAAAUGAAAACUAACGAAUCAUAUCUAAAACUCGAAAAAUUGAAGGAAGAGAGUGUCGAAUAUUAUACGUGCCGUGUUAGUGACAGAAACGGAUCGAAUUCCACCACAUUUGAAGUGAACGUUGGGAAGAAGCCUAGGUUUUUGGCCUACCACAGCCCGCUGGUAAAAUGGCAAGGACAGAACUCCCUAGACUGUAAAGUGUCAACAUCGCCAUCUACAAAUACGAUCCAGUGGUUCCACAACGGGAACCUUAUCGUCAACGUAACAACUAAUGAUACAGCUCCGUUGGCCUGGCGAGUUUUCGACUGGGGACAGUACGUGUGCCAGAUAAAAAACAUCCACGGUACUCUGACAAGGAGUUUCAACGUAACUUCGGAUGAAUGCCUCAUCAAGGAAAACCUUCGACGUACUGUAUCAAACGAGCCCUUGUUGCUCUCCGAUACCUUAGAAUGGCCUAAGGUUACGAAGACCAAUAAUUUCUUGAAUAUCAAAACCGAGACAUACACAGUUGCAUGUCCCAACGACGGGACUUCGACGAAUAGUUUCCUUCACAUUCCCGGUGAGAGUCAGGUCGAAGCAACUUGCGCUUACGAAGACAAAUUCUGGGUGAAAGGAAAACUCUUCAAGUACACUGACUUGAAUUGCUUGCGUGAUUACCAGCUCGGAGUCAUCGAAACUAAACAAAGAUGCCACGAAGGCGCCGAAUUAGUAAAAAUAGGUUACAAUAUGAAUGAUUUCUUCAAUCUCUUCGAUGUAUGUUUCGACUAUAAUAACAAACGGCCGGUGUAUUCGCAUGUGAUGAUGUCAGAAUUUCUUGCUCAAGAUGAAAAAAGAAUUGAUCCUUGUGAAGGUUGUUACGCUAUGGGUAAACUCGUGAACCCUACAGACGUUGUCGGCAGUGGACUUAUUCAAGAGAGCUAUACGUAUAGCACAAUCAUUAAUGCUGUCCUUAUAUGGCAACCGCCUCCUGAAACUGAUAAGAACAAAAAGCGGAUUAGUUUUCAAGAUUUAGAGAAGGAAGUGCACCUUCUUACUAGAAUGUUCGAAAAUAUUGAAGUUUGGACAGGCACCUACAAGUAUAUUGAGAUUGAUGGACAAACAGUACCCAAGUAUUUGUGGAAGGUGGUCGGCAUACCUGAAAACGAUGACAUGAAAGUAGCUUAUGUUUACGUCAAUCAUCCGAACGAGAGUGACGCGGACAUUUGGUGUGACGGUACCUCUGCUGAAGAAUGUAAUGAAUUAUUGAACUUCAAAUUAGAUAAAUACGCUUACUGCUGCGAUAUCCAGACGUUUUACAAGGAGACAAGAUUCAGUUUCUAGUGAGCUGACGUGUUGUUACGUCGUAACAAAAUUCUAAAAUAUAAAUUUAACUAUGUAUACAGUUAUUUUGUUUGUUUGUGUGUAAUGAUUUUUCGUAUUAAUUUUAUAUUUUAGAAUUUUGUUACGGCGUAACAGUGUUAGGACUUAACUCUAUCACACAGUCUUUAGAUUUGAUGAUUAUGACACUUUUGUUCUUUUUAUAAAUAUACUAGCUGGCCCGGCAGACUUCGUAGUGCCUCAAUCGAUAAAUAAAAGACACAUC